CAUUAACUUCUAUUUUUUUAGGCACACAAAAAAUGAAGUUUCUAUUAAUAUGCACCGUGAUCAUUUUGGCAUCUAAAACAGAAGCACUUGACAAUGAAGGUGAGCUGAAAGAGCUUGACGACAAUUUACUUCAGGACAGCAUAAUACGAGCAAAACGCUUAGUCGAUAGGGCUUACACCGAGACACGUAAAAACCUGAAGCUACGAGUAAAGAGAGAAGCUGCGAGUCCUGCGGAUUUGAUGGCAUUUUUCAAACAACCUGUAGCGCUAAGCAGAAAUGCCAUAAGAGCUGCUGAUUACAUGGAUGUGACCCUCCAGCUUAUUGCUGAAAGACUAAAAAACAUCUAUCCAAGGCCCUUCAAUAUUUCAGAUGUGCUGACUGCUGAGCAGAAGGGAAUUCUUGGUGAACUGACGGGAUGUGCAUACCAGUUCCUGCCUAAGGUGUGCUCUCUCUCUCCCUUCCGCACGAUCAAUGGAGAGUGUAAUAAUAGGAAAAACCCAAACCUUGGUGCCUCAAACACAGGCUAUAAACGUCUCCUUUCACCAGAGUAUGAAGAUGGGAUUUUCCUUCCUAAAGGCUGGACAGAAAGCCGUCUUAUCAAUGGAUUCCUUCUACCCAAGGCGCGUGCAGUAUCCAAUCAGAUUGUCAGUUACAAUAACAGUUUACCAACGGUGGAUAAAGACAGAUCUCUCAUGUUCAUGCAAUGGGGACAGUUCUUAGAUCAUGACACUGAUCUCUCUCCCGAUACACCAGCAAGAUCAGGAUUCUUUGAAGGGGUGGACUGCGAAACCAGCUGUGCCCAUACACAUCCCUGUUUUCCCCUUCCGGUGCCGGAAAAUGACUCGAGGAUAAAAAACCAGAGUGACUGUAUUCCACUUUUUCGCUCAGCACCUGUGUGCAAUCUGGUCACUCCUCUACGGGAGCAAAUCAAUGUCUUGACGUCAUUUGUUGAUGGAAGUCAAGUGUAUGGCAGUGACUUGGCUCUUGCUAUUAAGCUUCGUAAUACUACCAACAAUCUGGGGCUAUUGGCUAUUAACCAGAAUUACACAGACAAUGGGCGAUCGUUUCUUCCAUUUAGUGGAAAUAAUGGAGACGUAUGUACCAUCACAAACACAUCAGCUGGAAUUCCUUGUUUCUUGGCAGGAGAUUCUCGUGUGAGUGAACAGCUUGGUCUUACAACAUUUCACACACUCUUUCUUCGGGAACAUAACCGUAUUGCCACUCAGCUCCACAAAUUAAACCCUCAUUGGUCUGGGGAGAGGCUGUACCAAGAGACCCGCCAGAUUGUAGGGAGCAUUUUACAGAAAAUUACAUACAAGGAUUGGCUUCCCCUAUUGCUGGGCAGUGAGAUGUCUCAUGUUCUACCUCCAUAUACCGGUUAUAAUGAUGAGGAGGACCCAAGAGUGUCAAAUGUUUUCACUAUUGCUUUUCGUAUGGGGCACACUAUGGUGCAUCCAGUGGUGUAUCGUCUAGGAAAUGGAUAUCGGCCCCAUAAAACAAAUCCUACUGUCCCUCUUCAUCAGACUUUCUUUUCCACAUGGAGGAUAGUAAAAGAAGAUGGAAUUGACCCUUUCCUUCGGGGUAUGAUGGGCAAUUCUGCCAAACUAAACAAACAAAAUCAGAUUGUGGAUGAUGAGUUAAGGGAACGCCUCUUUAAAAUGGUGAAGCGUAUUGGUUUCGAUUUAGCAGCAAUCAAUUUACAAAGAGGGAGAGAACAUGGCCUACCAGGAUACAAUUCAUGGAGGAGAUUCUGUGGCCUUUCUGCCCCCAAAGAUCUGGAUGAGUUGGCCAUUGUUCUAAACAAUAAGCAACUGGCCAAAAAAUUUAUAGAUUUGUAUGGCACUACUGAGAACAUAGACCUCUGGAUUGGAGGAGUAUCUGAACCCUUGGUGCCCGGUGGAAGAACUGGAAAGUUGCUAACUUGUCUUAUUGGAGACCAGUUCCGCAGGACUCGGGAUGGAGAUCGGUUUUAUUAUGAAAAUGAUUCAGUUCUCAGCAAAGCUCAAAAAACUUUAAUAGAUAAAGUAACUAUGUCCCAGAUUAUCUGUGCCAAUACAAACAUCACCGAAGUACCUCUGAAUGUCUUCUUUGGAAACCAGUACCCUGCAGACUUUGUUCCAUGUUCCAAAAUCCCAGCACUGGACCUGAGCCCAUGGAAAGAGCUCCCUCAAUUUGGCGAGUUCAACUGAAAUCUUCAAUCAAGAAACCAACUCCAAUACAGCAAGGUAGCAGGACUUCCUCCUUGAGGGGGCUCUGCAUAGACUAUACUUCUAAGACUAUAUUUUAGUUUUUUACAUUUUUCCCAAUUCAUUGAGCAAACCAAAUAUUGUUUUUAAUAAUAGCAGCUACUAAUAUUUAGUCCCAGUCAUUUAUCACCUUUAUCUAUACUCACUUUAAUAAUGCUACUUUCUGUUGCUGUUACCUGGAGCUGUAAAACAAUAACAUUUGGCUUUCUGAUAAUACUUUUCAUUCUCUAAUUGUUAUACUGUUGGAAAGGUUACAGAGGAGUGACACUGUGCGGCUGUCUAUGAAGGGUAGAACAGAUCAAAGACAGAAAUAAAAAUGUAUUAAUAAAUAGUUGAAUCCAUACUAUAUGAUCUCUUAUCAACGUUGGACAAUAAGCUCUCCUAUAUUGAACAUUGGCAUGACUGGCAUGAUAUUGAAAAUAAUUUGUCAACAAUAUCCAUAAACACAGCUUUGGUUGAAUCUAUAAACUAUAAAACACUACUACGCUGGUAUAUGGUCCCAACUAGAAUAGCUAAAAUGAACACUCAAGCCUCAUCCCAGUGUUUUCUAUGAUUAAUAUAUAAUGGCACUGCCCCAAAAUGACACGCUUUUGGAUUAGGAUGAUCAACUUCAUUCGUUCCGCCAUGGGACAAAAUAUCUCCAGGAAGCCCGAGAGUGUCCACUUUCAAAAAUUAAAGUGAUUGUAAAGUCUUUUUCAAAACUAACAAACAUGUUAUACUUACCUCCUCUGUGCAGUGGUUUUGCA